GUUGGGUUUGGGGUGGAUGGUAUGAAGAGUGGUGGUGGUUAUCGGGAUGAGGGCUGGGGUCGGGGCGGGUAUCAUCGGGGUAUGGAUGGGGGAGAAUACGGGCGUUUUGACUAUGGUGGUGGUGGUUGGGGACGGGAGAUGGGCUCAAACGACGGCUGGGAAAGGGGGAGAGAGCGCCGGGGAUCGUUCGCCAGCCACAGCCGCAGCGUGAGCCGGGGAGGACAGCGAGACUACAGCGUGGACGGCUACGUCGAGACCCCAUACAGGCGAGCCGGCAGCCGCGACGUUACCGAGGGCUUUACGACGACGGACCGCUAUUACCCGACCGCCCCGAAGCGAUACCUCCUGGAACAGAGCGCGUCCACGACCGGGUCGUCAAGCUCCGGGUCACGAUACGUUCUUGAGAGGAGCUCGUCGAAUGCGGGAUCGAGGUCUACGGGUUCGUCGCAGCGCGGGUACUACGAGGAAGACCGUCCAGGCGAAGUCAUCUACGUCUACCGAAAUCCGCCGGCAAGGGCGCGGCGAGCUUCUUUUGACGCGGGUGGGGUUAGACGUGAGGGGCAUGAUUGGUAUUAUCGAUGAGGUAGUGUCAUUUUGUACGUCUGGGUUCACGAGCGCUGGUGAUGUUUUUAAUAUGUAAACGCAUAGAACUGGUAACCUGUUAGAGGUUUAAUUGUAGAUGGACAUUAGAAUUUAGACCGGGUUAUACCACUGACAAGGACAACUGGGAUGCCGUCAUGGGUGGCCACAACAUCACCGGCGCGGUCGACUGC